AUGUCCGCCCAUCUCAACGAGGAUCGUGGGGGUAUGCCUCUUGUUUCCCUAUCGGGAAUGCAUAAAGCUGGGGGGAAGAGUUACAAGUUCAGCUUGAAGUGGUCGAUAUUAUCCGAUCUGUAUGUACAGACUCGUCGCAGGCGUCUGCAUGUCAAUGUGACGAAGACAGGCUCUUUGAUCUUCCUGUCAAGGAAGUGUAUGCUCCGCACCGUGCGUGCGUUCCGGAGUUUGCCAACCAAUUUCCUUGAGAGCGAGCUUCUCGUUCCGCUCAUUUCACAACUGAUGGAGACAGAAGUGUCAGCUCUUCGCCCGCGAUCACAGUCGCCAGCGGCUAUCCUCGACCAGGACGUUGACGCACUUAUAUUCGUUGAAUCCAGAAACAUCAUGGUCACAUAA